GAUCUGGAGACAUGCCAGCACCCGCCCUGUGAAAUCAGCAUCUGAGCGCACGGAGUUGACAAGUGCGCCUCCCCCUCCAAACGUUGUUUGACAUACCCAUCGUUAUAGGCUUCGCCUCUGGCAGUUUCUUUUUUAAAAGGCAAGCUCAAAGCCACAGAUUAUACAUUCUGCUCACAAACCGUGUGGGUAAAAUAACCAACAGAGAGAGCGCGAGUGGGAAUCUCUUUCUCAUUUGGAGACAAACAGCUUGCGCGUAAACGGCACCGGGCAUCACUGAAGGGACAGAUACGUGGUGUCUGGAUAUUUUAUUGUCUUUUUUAAUAAAUUGGUGACUUCGAGGUUGAAGGACAACGCAGGGGGGGGGGAGGGGGGGUCAGUGUGUGAAUCUCUUUGUGGAUUGCGUGCAUCGGAUGCGGUGACAUUUGGAACCUUAGCGCGCAAGGCACCUGUGGAUGCAGCUAACACCCCCCUGAUGGUUGGACUCAAAUCUUUUGCCAAGAAAGGAUUCACCACGAGAUUUAGUUGAUAAUCGUCGCGGUUUCGGUCACACACUCUGCAGUUUUAGACGUGAAGCGCACCAUGCUGCUGAGAGUUUCCUUCCUGGUGCUUCCCCUGCUAAGCAUUACCGGCUGCGGCUCGUCGUACGUGCCGUGCGAGCCGUGCGAUCAGAAGGCCCUGUCCAUGUGUCCGCCGGUGCCGGUGGGCUGUCAGCUGGUGAAGGAGCCCGGCUGCGGCUGCUGCCUGACGUGCGCGCUCGAAGAGGGCCAGCCGUGCGGCGUGUACACCGGGCCGUGCACGCGCGGGCUCCGCUGCCUGCCCAAGAACGGCGAGGAAAAGCCGCUGCACGCGCUCCUGCACGGCCGGGGGGUGUGCAGGAACGAGAAGUUGUAUAAACUGCUGCAUCCCUCAAAAGAUGAAUCUAACGAUGACACCCUGCUGCCCGUCCCCGAGUCAAUGCUGCCCCAGACCAAGGUGCCCUUAUAUGGAAGAGACCACAUCAGCAGUCGGAAGUUCCAGGCCAUGAAGCAGGCCAAGGACCGCAAGAAGCAGCUGGCCAGGGUGGGACAUGCCAGCAAUCUGGACUUCUCACCGCUAAGCUUGGACAAACUGGACCCCGAGUUUGGGCCCUGCAGGAGAAGAUUGGAUAAUCUCAUUCAGAGCAUGAAAGACACUUCUCGGGUCUUGGCUCUCUCUCUGUACAUCCCCAACUGUGACAAGAAGGGUUUCUUCAAGCGCAAGCAGUGUAAACCAUCUCGUGGUCGAAAAAGGGGGAUCUGCUGGUGCGUCGACCGGUUUGGCGUGAAAAUCCCCGGCAUCAACUACGCCGGAGGAGACCUGCAGUGCAAAGAUCUCGACAGCAGCAGCAACAGCAACGAAUGAGAGUCCAAGUGGCCGUACUCGUUGAGCCCUGUUCCUCUGAGAACCUGCCAAUCAAGCUAGCACACGUAAUGACUGCCAAUCAGGAAAAUAUGGCACAAAUGCUUCUAUAUGGUCAGGUGUGAUGGACUGCGUUAUUGUUUUGUUUUUUUGUUUUUCGAAGGGGAGCCAAACUGAAAAGCUUGCUUAGAUGAAAGUCUGCACAUGUGGGUCUUAACUGUGGCUCCCCGCUGACUGUGUACUAUGUUUGAGGUUAGCUAACACCUCUUCUCUUUAUAUCCAUAGAUAAUAGAGAAUUAUAUAUAUUUGUAUGAUAUUGAUAACCUGUUGUGUACUGAGUCUGCGUGGCAAGUUCUAUAUUCCUAAAUUUACUCCAAGAAAUAGACAUAUUUUAAAUGAGUCCGUUCUCAUCUAAAUUAGCAAUGUUUUACUAACUGUUAUUUGUGUGAAUGACAUGACAUAUAAGAGCCCUCAACCUACUGUCACUGAACACUAUCCUACUUGCAGGAGACCAAGCAGGAAAGGGGGGGGGGGGUCUGCAGGAGACUGGGUGUUUUAUACCGUCAGUGUGGGCAGAAUGAGCUGAUAGCCAUUUCUUAGCUAGGGAAUUAACAUGUUAUAUGUUGUUUGAUGAAUCCGUACAAAAACCAGUGUAAAAAUGCCAUUUUAUGGGGGAGUUGUGUACCGCUCUAUUUCUUGGCUGGGAGCAGUCACUUCCCUGCGUCUCUGCAGGUUGUCUGGAGAAAAUAGAAAUCCGUGCUCAGAGUUCAGCAUUAAAUUCUAGGAAAUUCAAAUCAGAAACUAACAACAGUAUGCUUAUGAUUUAUGGAACUGUUUUUGCCAGUUAGAGAUACUUAUUUUCUCAAUAUUUUCUCUGGUCUAAAACUUUGUCCUCACGGUGCACUUAGCAGUAACUGUAGCUCAUUAUUUUUUGCCACUGUCAUAUGAGACUUGUUUGCUUCUACUUGUCAAACGUGACGUUAACUGGUGAAGCAGGUUGUAUUUUGGACAAUCAAACCUGUCUCAAUGCCGAAUUAGCAGAUUUAAAAAUUUUCCGUAUUCACUGUUGGUGCUCACUAGAUUUCCUGCUCUAAGCUCAGAAAGACUCAAAGUGCUGUCAUGAACAAGCAAUUAGGAUAAAACCUCACUCAUAAACAAAUACUGUGCUGUAACAGGUUAGAUAUUUGACUUUUGAAAGGUCAUUUUCAAGUCCUGACAACUGUGUCCACUGUUUGUUAAUGGUCUUAGUGUGUGUGUGUGUGUGUGUGUGUGUGUGUGCAUGCUCCUGAGUGUGUGUAUGUGCUAUGCCCGUAUAGUUCUCAACUUCAAAUAUCUCUGAUUUUAAAUUUGUAUGAGCCCAGCCUACCCAAGCUACCAGCCAGCAAACACGGCGCUGUGCUUUUCCCUCCACAACUCGCACCCAAAUCAUAUGCAAAGGCCCCACGUUGCUUAUUUUUCCAUGUGUAGGGUCUUCACUGCCACCACACAGGCAAAUCCGUCAGCCGAUAGUGACUUGCUCUCAGGGCUCAUCCGGUCCUUUAUCCAGCGAAGAGCAAGGUCGCUGAGUUUGUAUGUAAAUUCAAGUGCCUUCUGCCCCACGCCACUUUGAAUUUUGAUUUGCAUGUGGAUCCAUGGUUGUCGAAUGCGUGAGAAAAGAGGAAACAAAUUUCAGGUGUGGAUGUGGUCUGGAACAAUUUCUUUUUUGGUUUUCAGUUGGUUGCUGACAAAGAUUAUCAUGAUCUUCCAGUCAAGCGCUGCUGAACGUACGAUGACGGCGGACAAAUCUCUUUGUUCUAUUGUUAAAAAUUUGAUCCUUUUUGUUAUUGGUGUUGUUAUUGUUGUUGUUGUUAUAAUCUCAAUGUUCAGUUAAUGACUCUUAUAAUCUCGGACAUUCCUAAUGUCAAAUCACUAUAUUGUGAUAUUAGGAGAGCUUUGACAGGGGCUCAUCAGCCUUUUCUUCCCAAUACAACACCUCUCUUGUGCUGUUGAUUCUUGCACACAUGUAAACACAACACAGUGACACUUUGAACAUUUCAGAAUCUCAAUUUUAAAAAAAGAUUAAUGUGAACAUUAUGGUGAAAUAUUUAUCAGGCGUGUAAUUGAUGUACUCGUUUUGUUUUGUUUUUUUAAACGACAAAAUCACUAUUUAAAUAAAGUUCCUGUACUCACAAAAA